AUGGCUAAGCGGCGUCGGAGCGUUGAUGUGGGCUGCCACGUCGAGCAGAAGCGUUCCGCGAUAUUUUCGAACAUGGACAAACUGGACGCCCUUUGGCAAGAUAACAUCAUCCGUUUUGACGUUGGGGGUAGAGACCUCAACUUAAGAGCCGGAGAAACACUUAUCGAAAAGAUGUAUCCCGUGGAAGAUACAAAAGGCAAUAGUGGUGGUAAAGGUGAGAAGCCCAGCUCUUGA